AUGGAGGAUUCUGCAGAGCAGAGUCAGGAAAUGAGAUAUCACAUGCUGCAAAGGCCGAGUAUGUCUGGUUUACACCUUGUAAAGCAAGGCCGGGACAGGAAGAAAGUUGAUGUGCAGCGGGAUUUCACUGUGGCUUCUCCAGCAGAAUUCGUUACUCGUUUUGGAGGGAAUAAAGUUAUUGAAAAGGUCCUGAUAGCAAAUAAUGGCAUUGCAGCAGUGAAAUGCAUGAGAUCCAUCCGACGCUGGUCCUAUGAGAUGUUUCGAAAUGAGCGGGCGAUCAGAUUUGUUGUCAUGGUGACUCCCGAGGAUCUGAAAGCAAAUGCAG